AUGUUGCAGCAAUGCAGUCAUCCUAAUGUUGUUCGUUAUUUAGGAAACUAUCAGGGUGAGGAGUAUCUUUGGAUUGUAAUGGAGUAUUGUGGUGGAGGAAGUGUUGCUAAUUUGAUGAAUGUCACUGAUGAGGCUUUAGAGGAGUACCAAAUAGCAUAUAUAUGUACUGAAGCAUUGAAGGGUUUAUCCUAUUUUCACUCGAUUUUCAAGGUGCAUCGUGAUAUUAAGGGAGGUAAUAUUUUAUUAAAUGAACAAGGAAGUUGGGCUGAAGAACUUGGGAGAUAUUUUCGCAAUAAUGUGUAUCCAGGUGAAGGUACUGGACUCCUUCGCCUUCACAUCACAUAUUGUCAUGACCUUAAAAUUUACAGCUCUGAUGAGGGCCAUGUGCAGAUAGCAGGUGUUGCAUUUGCCAAGGGGAUCCUAGACUUGGAAGGACAAUUAACACCAGCAUUGGUUUCACUUGUUAGCAAGGAUUCAUCAAUGUUAGAUGGACUUGAUAAUGCAAGCAUUGAAAUGGAAGAAGCUAAGGUAAGAUUGAACGAAUUAAUAACUACUGGAGUGAAGGCAGCACAGGCAAACAGAUUAUUUAAUAAAAAACCCUGGAUGGUUAAUGGGGCUGGACUUCCACUCAAUGCUGCAGACCUUCUACCUACACUGGUAAAAUAUUUAUUUAAUAGAAGGGCUUCUGAGUUAUAUAAUGAAUGUGGGAGGUCACAACCUGCAUCUGAUGCACUUGCAAAAGUGCUUUGGAAGAUGCUACUUGAGGAAGAUGGCAAGGAGAAUAUGGUGUCAAAUUUAGUUUCUUUAAUCUGCUACAGGGAAAAAGAUUCCAGGGCUAACGAUGCUCCUUCCUUAUUCGAUCUUGCUUUCUUAUCGGCUCAGAUUCUUCAUCUCACUCUCAAAAGGUGGUUGCAAUUGGACCUAAAGUUGGUUGUUGAUAUAGAAAUAGCGGGUGCUCCAAAUGCAGGAAAAAGCAUGUUUUUAAGUGUUAUUAGUGUUGACAUGUAG